AUGUUAUUAUUCGAUGGUUUCUUUAUCCUUGAACUUUUUUUAAGGUUUUCCAAUGAUGAUGCGAAAAGGCAAUAUGAUCCCAUCUUCACGACUUCUUGGAUGAUCUCAACCCUCCAACGUGACUUGGCGUUGCUAGAAAAUCAGAUUCCAAUUUUUGUUCUUACGGAACUGUACAAAAAUAUAGUGAGGCAUACUGCUACUGCUCAACCGCGGCUCGAGGAGCUGGCUCUUCGUUUCUUCAGACCAGAGUUGAAUACCAAUGAAGGAGUAGGUGCCGGAAUCAGAUGUAGGAAUUUAUGUCAUUUGCUUGAUCUCUUACACAGAAGCUACCUACCCUCUUCUCUGAGAGUAGAAUUUCUAAGCGGCGGGGCCGGCCCAUGGAAACUAAUAUCUUGUGCAACAGAACUUUGUGCGGCUGGAAUCAAGUUCCAAAAGGAUACAACAAAACAUCAACUGGAUUUGAGUUUCGAAAAUGGUGUUUUCAAAAUCCCACCAUUGCAAAUCCACGACUCAACAGAUUCACUCUUCCGGAACCUCAUAGCUUUUGAGCAAAGCAUGCCAGAUUGUGGACAAUACAUGACGUCUUAUGCAUUAUUUAUGGAUCGUCUUGUUGAUACAUCAAGUGAUGUCGAAUUGCUUGCGAAAAAGAGAAUCAUACAAAAUGAUUUAGGUGGCUAUGAAGAUGUUACAGAUCUGUUUAACAACAUCUGCAAGCAGGUAGUUGUGCGAGAAUUUUAUUUUACCCAAUUAUGCGAACAAGUGGAUGCGUACUAUAACAAAAGCUGGCAUGGAUACAAGGCAUCUUUGAAACAAGACUAUUUCAAAAACCCAUGGACAAUUAUAUCUUUCAUUGCUGCGAUUCUACUUCUCUCGCUUACUACAUUGCAAACCAUGUACUCAGUGUUUUCCUAUUAUCAUAACUAG